CACAGUGUUGGUUCACGAUUUGGAAGGCGUACUCGAAGGAGGAAAUGGACUAGAAGACGACGAUAGCGUACGGUUUUUCAACAUUACUAAAAUGCUAGUAUAUUUAUUUUCUGGACUUAUUUGGCAUAUACAUGCUGAAAUUGUUAAAAGCUCGAGCAGUAAAUAUGUCGAGAAGUCAAAAAAAAAUACAAAAUCAGAUAUAGAAGAAGAGUGGAAUACUACCAAGAAGAAAGCAUUGGAAUACAGUUAUAAAUUGCUCCAAUUACCAUUGCAAAAACUCUGGCAUCCUCCCAUUGUCGAGGAUGCGUUUAUUAUGUUGCUCACUAAAAUGUGCUAUAAGAUAUUAGAACAUUGUAGGGAUUCAAAAGAUAAACACGUACGACAGACUAUUUUCGAGAUUUUAGGAAUUUCGAUUAAAAAAUACAAUCAUGGCAUGGAAUUAGAAUUAUCCAGAUAUGUAUAUUUGUUGAAGUUGCACAAUACGUUAGCAACGCAUAUAGCAAACGGUGUUAUUCAUAUGAUUGAUACAUGCGGUUGUAACGGUUUAAUGAAGGAAGUAAUAAAAGAAAUAGAUCAAAGCGAACCAUCCGAAAGCGAGAGUCGUAUAUCAAUAUUUCUUGAAACUAUUGCUAAUACUAAACCAAAUCUUAUAAUUCCUAUUCUCGACGACGUGAUGGAUUAUUUGGAUAGCGAGCAUUAUACAUUGAGAAAUUGCGCGAUUAGCGUUAUAGGAAUAAUCGUGCAAAAAGCGUUAACCGGAGACGAUCUUACGCAAGAACAAAAAGAUCAACGCGAUGAAUGUCUGAAUAGUUUAUCGGAACAUAUUUUAGACGUUCAUGCAUAUGUUAGAUCUAAAGUCUUACAGGUUUGGCAAACUUUAUGUUGCGUAGGAGCUAUUCCUUUAGCAAGGCAAGGAAAGCUUUUAGCUGCCGUAGCAUUACGUUUAAAUGAUAAAAGUGCCAUCGUACGUAAAUAUGCGUUACAAUUAUUACUUAUCUUACUACAAGCUAAUCCUUUCGCUGCUAAGUUAAACGAAGAAGAAAUUUCCAAGUCGUUAGAAAAGGAAGAAAUGAAGUUGAGAAAUACUAAUAAUAAAAUGGUUAGCAAAAGUGCUCGCGGUGAUAGUCAAAGAUUAGAACUGUGGAACACUUUGCUUCCGGAAAUAAGAAAAGCAUUAAAAGAAAUUAGUAAUGAUACAAAAGAAAAAAGUAAAAAACGGGACAAAGGUGAUGAGAGUGAGGAAGAGGAAGAAAAUGACGACGACAAAGAAAACUUUAAUCCUGAUACAGCAUUUGAAAAUGUUAGACAAUUGAUAUUAAAAGGAGAGAUUUUUGUAGCGGUGACAUAUUUGUGGAAGGCUUGUAUGAAAUUGAAGUAAAACCCAGAUAUGAACAAAUUUUCUUCUCAAGCAAAAGAGGAAUUUUUAUUUUUACUUUUAUUGAAAACGUUUAUGGAAUCGAAGAAUAAAGAAAAACAGGAAGUAGAAUCGCGAAAACGACUUGUACAUUACUUGAGAAACUGUUUGGUAUUUGCAAACGAAUUGGAAAUCGUUAUACCGAUGGCAAAGAAAUUGCUUUUUUCUACAACAGCAGACGAUGCCAUUGAAGCGUGUACUUUACUUGGUACAGCAUACCAGUUUGGUGUAGCUGGGGCUGAAGUCGCUAUACGCGAUGCUUUAUCCCAAGUAUUUCACCAGGAUCUUUCAGUACGCAAUAACGUAGCUGUAGUAUACAAAGACAUUUACUUGAGUACUAAUGAAAAAGUAUCAGACAGACAAAAAGCCCUUUUGCGUAUUAAAGCUUUAAUCGAAUUAUUGAAAGGACUGAAUACUGGUCAAAGUCAAGCUUUGAAUAAACUUAUUUUAACGUGGUACGGUAAUAAUGAAGUAGGCAGCGAAGAAUUACAGGUUUUAUGGGAAAAGUUUUCAAUGAAAUCAUCGGAUACAGAUCCAUUGGAUAGUAGAACAGCUUUGAUGCUGAUAACGAUGAUAGCUCAAGCUCAAGGUGGUAUUUUAACCGAAAAUUUGGAUGUAUUAAUAUAAGUGAGCUUGGGGCCACGAGCAAAAACUGAUCUUCUUCUAGCUAGAGAUACAUGCAGAGCGUUGAUGAAGAUAAAAAGGAAAGGUGACGACACUGAAAAGUCACCUAUUAGGUAUACCAAUGAUCACGAAAUGUUUAAAGAAAUCGUUACGUUACUAAUAGAAAAUUUUACUAACACAAAAGAAGAUACUGUCGUCGUAACAGACGCUAUUAACGCCAUUUAUCAGUUAGCAAAUCAGCCUGCUCAUUUAAUGGAGCACGUAGUAUUAGAAGUGUAUAACCGAGGAAAAUUCAAUAAUAACAAUACGACGCUACACAUUCCAUCUUACUGGCUAUCGAAAUUUCUACACUUAAUCGGGCACAUUGCAAUUAGAGAAAUGGUACAUCUGGACACAUCAGUCUACACGGAAUUAAAGCGAAGAGACACGAUACGAAAAUCAAGAAACAUAAAUAAAUCAGAUACAAAUAAAAGGAAUACUCGUAAAUUCAGUACCAUGAACAAAUCCUUCACUACCCCAAAUAGUGCGAGGCAGAUGAUUCGUAAUAAAGAGGGACUCAGAAUCCCAGUGCUGGCGUCCGUCAGAUGUGGGCAAGCAGGCCCCGGGAUGUCGUCAUCCGACGACUGCAGCGCUGUGGGGGUUGAUCACGUGGCCCCCAAAGCGUCUUCGGCUACGCGUGAAGAGUGGUGUGGCAGCUCCGCUUCCACACCUCUUCAUAAGCCUGCCUUGGUUCGCCAGGCCGAGGAGGCGGAG